AUGAAGUCUGUACUCUCACUUGUAUCCCGACCAGCCUUCAAGUCGUAUACACAGACAGCUCACCUUCCCGGAAGAAUUUCCAGAGUCUAUACGACGGCACAUAGCGUCCCUCCACUCAACGACAAAUCUCUUUUCCGUAAUCAAGCUUAUAUCAAUGGAAAUUGGGUGAACGCAAAGUCGGGGAAGACCUUCGAGGUCACUGACCCUGGCAGUGGCAAAGUCAUCGAUACCAUGCCAGAGAUGGAUAAAGAAGACGCUGAGCUCGCUAUUCAAGCUGCAUCCGACGCCCUACCAGCUUUUAAGAAGCUCACGGGUCGACAAAGAGGUCGAAUGUUGAACAAAUGGUAUCAAUUAAUGAUGGAGAAUGCCGACGACCUUGCGAAGCUUAUAACGUGGGAGAAUGGGAAGCCAUUGGCUGACGCCAAAGGUGAAGUUUCGUAUGCGGCGUCAUUCUAUGAGUGGUUUGGUGAAGAAGCUCCACGCAUAUACGGAGACACCAUACCUUCCACUGCUGCUGGAAAUAGAAUCAUCACGAUAAAAGAGCCGGUAGGAGUCUGUGGGUUGAUAACUCCAUGGAAUUUCCCCGCGGCUAUGAUUACUAGGAAGAUUGGUCCUGCGCUGGCCGCAGGGUGUACUGUUGUUGCGAAGUCUCCUGGCGAGACACCUUAUACAGCUGCGGCUCUUGUAGUCUUGGCCGAACGCGCUGGCAUUCCGAAGGGGGUCAUCAACGUUAUCACUGCGUUAAACAACACUCCAGAGAUUGGUGAGGCUAUCACGUCCUCUUCAGCCGUGCGUAAAGUGUCAUUCACUGGCAGCACCCGUGUUGGCAAGCUUCUCAUGAAGCAAUCGUCAGAAACCCUCAAGAAGCUUUCAUUCGAACUAGGUGGUAACGCCCCUUUUAUCGUCUUUGACGAUGCAGAUUUAGAAGCCGCAGUCGCUGGAGCCAUUGCAAGCAAGUUCCGUUCCUCAGGCCAGACUUGUGUUUGUGCCAAUCGUAUUUACGUUCAACGAGGCAUCUAUGAAGAAUUUGUCGAGGCAUUCGCCGAGAAGGUUAGGAGUUUCAAAGUAGGUGGUGGAUAUGAAGAAGGCGUCACGCAUGGUCCCCUGAUCCACGACCGCGCCGUUGAGAAAGUCGAAUCUCACGUCCAAGACGCCUUGAAACAUGGCGGUAAGGUCUUAAUCGGGGGACAAAAGCUGCCAGACCUAGGUGCCAAUUACUUCCAACCUACUGUCAUCCGCGAUUCGACGGCCGACAUGCUCAUUGCUAGCGAAGAGACUUUCGGGCCCGUUGCUGCACUGUUCCCAUUUGAGACUGAAGCAGAGGUCAUCGAGUUAGCCAACAAGGCAGAAGUCGGCCUAGCUGGAUACUUCUUCAGCAACGACGUCCAGCGAUGUUUCCGCGUCGCGGAGGCCAUAGAAGUCGGCAUGAUCGGUAUCAACACCGGACUCAUCAGCGACCCUGCUUCGCCGUUUGGCGGCGUCAAAGAGAGCGGAUUCGGUCGCGAAGGCAGCAAGUACGGGAUUGAUGAGUAUAUGAUCACCAAAACGUUAACUUUUGGUGGCAUGGGUCUGCCAUUGCAAGGGUCUAAGUAG